AUGGCAGCCUCUCUUCCCAUCCCCGUGUUCACAAACCUCAAUGAUCUCUAUCAAAACCUCGCUACAACCUUGAAUCAUGCGAGUUCAAAACAAGGUUCGGGAGACCUCCAGUCUACAUCGCACGAGCACCAGGCCGUGUCAAGUAACCGUACCCUCUUUUCCUCCUCUUCCCUCACUAGCAGAUAUAUCCUUGAACUUUGCACAUCUAGCCUCAUAGGCGAGCACAUCGAUAACGCACUCUCUCGUGUGUUCCCAGCUGCGAUCGAACGCGAUAUCCUCAUCGCAUGCGCUUCCCGGCCCGGUCGACCUCUUCACUCAUGCACCAGGCAGUAUCAUCGCUGA